AGUUAAAAGGUUUAAAGCGACAUUCAAAACCUAGCCUAAGAAUAGUUGAAAACAUUAAAGUGGAAGUAAAAAAUUUUAUCUUUUUUUUAAUUUCUAGUCUAAAUUUUAUAUCCGUAUAGCUACAACAAUCCAAAUUUGAAAAAUUAUCUUUUAUGUGUCUGUUGAUUCUAAAUAUAAUUUAAGAAUGGAAAAAGAGGAAAUUACUCAAUUAAAUAAGCUACAGAAAGCUGAAGAUAUUGAUGAAAAAAAUGAAAAUUCAGAUCUCAAUUUAUCAAAGCCAUCCUUAUUUUUAAAUAAUGAAAUUGACCAAUUAAUAAUUCCAGAAAACAGCGAGAAAACACCAGCUUCUGAAGCUAUUAUUUCAUCUCCAUCAACAGAAAAUUCCCCUGAUGAUGACGAAUGGCUAGAUAUUAUGGGUAGUGGUAAUUUUAAGAAAUUGGUAAUUAAAAAAGGUAAUGGUCAUGAAACACGUCCUGAAAAGGGAGAUCGGGUUACUGUUCGUCUGAGCUGUUUUGUAAAUGAUAAGUUAGUGGAAGAGCAGGAAAACCUACAAGUUAUUGUUGGAGAUAUGGAUGUUAUUCAAGGUUUAGACUUAGUAUUUUGUUUGAUGGAAAAAGAUGAAGUGGCUAAAGUUAAAAUCCCUCCAAAACUAGCAUAUGGUAAAUUAGGGAGAUCUCCUGAAAUUCCACCUGAAAGUGAAUUAGAAUAUGAAGUUCAUCUGAAGGAUGUUCAACCUGUAGAUCAUAAUAGCUUAAGUGUAUCUGAGAGACUAAAUCUAGGUGAUGAAAAGCGAGCUCGUGGUAACUUCUUCUAUGAAAGAAGUGAAUAUCUUGAAGCCAUAUUUUGUUAUGGAAGGUCCGCUGAAUACUUAGAAGGAGUAAGAGAUAGUUCUGGAUCUACCCCUGAGGAAUCACAAAAAGUUGUUGAUAUGAUCGUCAAAGUAUAUAAUAAUAUGGCAGCAUCUCAUCUUAAGUUGGGUGCCUAUCAAGCUGCUCUUAAAGCCGUGGAGUCUGUUUUAAACAUUCAACCAAAAAAUGUCAAAGCAUUGUUUAGAAAAGCUAAGAUUUUGGGAGCUCAAGGAUCAACAGAUGAAGCCAUAAAUUGCUUAAAAGUUGCAAUAAGUAUGGAACCGGAUACAAAAGUAUUACAAUCGGAGCUUAUUAAAUUAAAGAAUCAAAAACGAAAAGAAGAAGAAUCUCAAAGAGCCAUGUACAAAAGAAUGUUUCCUCAGAGUGAACCCAAAAAAGUUAAUUCUUUUUCAAAAGCUUUGAAAUUAAGUGCUAUAACUGCUGGGAUGACUGCAAUAGUUGCUGGAAUGGUUGCUUUUAAGUAUUUGCAGAGUUGAUUAUAAUGGUGAUUUGAAAGAACUAAUGAAAUGUUCAUUCCAUUUAUAUUGUUUGAAUGUUAAAAAAUGUUUAAGGUUGUAUACUCAAUUUGUACAAAUAUGUAAAUUCAAAUAUAUAAUUCUACCAAUCAGGAAUUUUUUAUUAUUAUUAAUAAAACAAUUAAUAAAUUUUAA